GGAAUAGCAAAUUACACCUUUUUUUUAACAUAAACCAAAUAGGUGAAUUUUUCAAAGUCUUGAACAUGCUCAAUUACUUUCCUAAUUUUGAUGGACUCGAUCGUUCAAUACUGAGAGAUACAUUACGUCGCAUUUAUAAAAUUCGCCAGUUGGCUGGUAAAGACGACGGAGAUUAUAAUCUACAACCAACUGGCGAUCCUUUUAGAGAUUUAUUAAAUAGCUUUAUUAAUUUAGUAGUUCAUACCAAAGAUAGCAUUAAUGAACGAAAUCAGGGUUGCCGCGAUCAUGGUGAUGACUACAUGACUAUUGAAUUGUCAAAUCGAAUUCGUAAGAAUAUUUUCCACAUGGAAGAUACUUUAGCAGAAAUAAAGAAGCUAGUAGAUGAGGCUGAAAAGUUGCUCAUAAAAAAAAGGAAGAAUCAAAAAAGAGGGAAGUUAGAACUUUUAGAGCGAUGCCUUAACGAGAAACGUCAGGAGUACAGUGAUUGCGUAGAAACCCUAAAAGUAGUUCGUGAGAUGAAUUCGGAGAGGGUAGUAGCGAGCAAGGGUUGCAUUAACGCGAUCAAAGAAACAGAUUUUGGUAAGAAAAUGGAGUUGAGACAAAAGCUUUUGGGGAUGCAUUGGAACAAGUCUGAAACGAACGAAAAUGGCAUAAACAGAUUUAUGGACCCUACUGUAGGAUCUGGGAGGCUUGAGGAAAACGAAGAAACCAAAGAAGAAAUGAACGCCAUAGCUGAAGAAGAGUCCAAAAUUAAUGCUGGUUUAGAUCGGCUGAGGGAAGGUGCCGGCAGGCUACGAAAUCUGGCAAUGGAAAUCGGUGGCCAAUUAAGUAGACAGAAUGAAAUACUUUUGGGAACUGAGGAAAACAUUGUAAAACAACAGCAGAGAAUACGUAGUUUGAAUGGAAGAAUUCAAAAAUUAUUACGUGCACAAAAGCCAAUGAAAUGUUGUGUAAAUCUAUGUGUUUUUUUGCUUGUUAUUAGUGUACUAGGUUUCAUCCUAAUUAAAAUUAAUUUAGCAUAAGAAAUAUGAUUUUUUUAUUACUAAAAAAAAUGGAGAAUAAAAUCAUUCCCUACAAUAUUUGUUAUUGCUUGCAGCUUGAAAAGAGAAAACCACACAAGAGAUAU